AUGGCUGUUUGUACAAGGUCCAUGAUGAAGAACAAGACGGAGAGUACAGAGGCAAAGGCAAAUAACCAAACUUAUUUAAACCUUCCCUUUGAUCUCACGUUACUAAUAAUGCGGCGCCUGUCGUUGAAAGACAACGUUCGUGCUUCUGUUGUUUGCAAAGCAUGGCAAGAAGCUUGUGCUUCCGUUCCUGUUGAGGAGUAUCCGACACCAUGGCUUAUGCACUUCCCUUUUCUAAAAGAAGAAUACGAGCUAUACGAUCCUUCACUCGACAAAACACAUGUUUUUGAGUCUCCCCCUGAGAUACGCGGUUCACACAUUGAUUGUUCUAAAGACGGUUGGUUGCUUAUGCACAAAAGAAGUCUCAACUUCUUUUUCAAUCCGUUUACACAAGAACGCAUUGUACUUCCUUGGCCGCAUGAUAGGUGGGGUAAUCAUGCAAGAGCUUUCUCAUGUGCUCCUACAUCGAAUAGUUGUGUCAUACUCUCGAUCUGCGAUAUCAACCACAACAAGUCCAUCUUUAUCCAAACAUACCAUCUUGCUACUAAAGUGUGCACUCCGCUGGUUCUCCCGCAUCCGUUCCCUCCCAAAUACGCAGGUUUCGACCAUGUUGUUUUCUCCAAUGGAGUCUUUUAUUGUCUCACCAACAUAGGUGUGUUGGGGAUGUUCGAUCUCGCUACAAAUUCUUGGAAUGCUCUUCCUGGACCGCCUCCUAAUUGGGGUUUAGACUACUAUGAUAAAUUUAUGACUGAGUAUCAAGGAGAUAUCUUUCUUAUAUACACGUACAAGCGUAAAGUCAAACAAGUGAGAUAUCUUAAGCUAGAUCUUACAAACCGGAAGUGGGAGGAGGAUGAGAAAAGGCCAAAAGGUUUGACGUGUUGCUUAAGCUUCAAGUCUUCUUUGAUAGUGAAUAAGGACUUAGUGCAUACCCGCAAAUUGAAUCAGUUUAACUGGAAUAACGUUUGGAUAAAACUACCCAUAAACGCCUCAUACUUGUUCACAUCUUAG